AUGCAAAUUUUUACAGUUGCAGCAGCCCUCUUCGUGGCAAUUGCCGGCGCCACAGAGCAAAGCGAACAAGCCAACCGAGGCGAGCUCAGCUGGGGCGGCGGACGCUACCGACCACAGCGUGGUGGCGGCCGUGGCAACUUCCCCUACGGAGGUCGUGGCGGAGGUCGUGGCGGUCGUGGUCGCGGCCGUGGUCGUCGCUACGACGGCCGCAACUUCGACCCAAAUGACGGGGUCCGUGAUUAUGGAUUACGGGACUCUUGCACUUGCAGCGUCAACGGCGUUGUCGAUCCUGAUGUUGCUCGUGCCGCUUGCAACGACUUAAAGCAGACUUGGGACAACCUCGACUUCGAUGAGGGCAGUGGAGCCUGCUACGACGACAACAGCAUUGGUCUCGAGAAACGUGGUUGGGGCGCUGCUUGCCAGAACAAUGGCCCAGCCUAUGACCAGUAUAACCCGGCGUACGUUACGUCUAACUGCGAUCCAAAGUCUCCGCAGGACUACAAUGUUGAUGAUGAUGACUACGAUGAUUACUGGAACUAG